UCGACCUCCCGGCUCGUCCAUGACUGCGCCGUGAAACAGCUUACAGGUUCGACCAAACCCUCAAAAGUCUCCACGCGUCUUCUGCAUCGCCGCAAUCAAAACACCUCGAAAUGGACCAUGAUCCCGAUCGCAUCGGGCCUGACAUGGGCCCGAAGAGGUCCAUGUCCACCAAAGUUCGUGGUUUCGUCAAGUCCUUCACCACCAGAGACGGCCUCAUUGGCAAUUAUGACUAUGCCUUUCUCUUCAAGCCAAAUCUCCCAUUCAUGAAGAAGGAGAGGAGGACCGCUCCGUUCUUUGGCUUGAACGACAAGAUGCCUCUAUUUCUGGCCCUACUGCUUGGAUUCCAGCAUGCUCUCGCCAUGUUGGCCGGUGUCAUCACCCCUCCUCUCAUCCUUGCCGGUUCUGGUGCUGCCAACUUGGGUACUGAGAUUACCCAAUAUCUCGUCUCUACAGCUCUGAUCGUAUGCGGUUUCCUGACCAUUAUCCAAAUCACUCGAUUCCACAUAUAUGGAACCCCUUACUAUGUUGGGACUGGUCUCAUCUCCGUCGCUGGAACCUCCUUCUCCGUCAUCCCUGUCCUCACUGGCGCCUUUGCUCAGAUGUACGAGAAUGGCAUGUGUCCUACUGAUGCCAACGGCGUCAAGCUGCCAUGUCCAGACGGUUAUGGCGCUCUCCUUGGCACUGCAGCUUGCUGUUCGCUCAUAAUAAUACUCAUCUCCUUCAUGCCACCAGUCCUUCUCAAAAAGCUCUUUCCCCCUCUUGUUACAGGCCCUACUGUCGUCCUCAUCGGUGUCCGUCUUAUCCAGACUGGCUUCCUGAACUGGGCUGGUGGAAGUGGCACCUGCAACACCCGACCCGAGACUGGCCUCUACAGACUCUGCCCAACAAUCAACGCUCCUCAUCCAUUACCAUGGGGCAGUGCCGAGUUCAUCGGCCUUGGCUUCUCCGUCUUUGUCACCAUCAUCAUUUGCGAGCGCUUUGGCAGCCCAAUCAUGAAGUCCGCUGCCGUCGUCAUCGGUCUCCUCGUCGGCUGUAUCAUCGCUGCCGCGACCGGCUACUUUGACAACUCUUCCAUCAACGCCUCGCCUGCAGUCUCCUUCAUCUGGGUCCAUACAUUCAAGCUUAGUGUCUACGGACCAGCCGUCUUACCCCUCUUAGCAGUCAACAUUGUUCUUGCCAUGGAAGCCAUUGGUGACAUCACGGCUACUUGCGAUGUCAGUCGUCUCGAAGUCAACGGGAAGAUGUAUGAUUCUCGAAUCCAAGGUGGUGUAUGCGCAGAUGGCCUGAACGGCAUACUCGCAACUCUCUGUACCGUCACGCCCGUCAGCACCUUUGCACAGAACAACGGCGUCAUCUCGCUCACGCGCUGCGCAAACCGCAAGGCUGGAUACGCAUGCUGUUUCUGGCUCAUCAUCAUGGGCAUCUUCGCCAAGUUCGCCGCCGCACUCGUCGCCAUUCCCUCCGCUGUCUUGGGCGGCAUGACCACGUUCCUCUUCAGCGCCGUAGCUGUAUCCGGCAUGGCCAUUCUCCACACCGUGCCGUUCACGCGUCGCAAUCGGUUCGUGCUUACUGCCGCAUUCACACUAGGUUUCGGCGCCACCCUUGUUCCAACAUGGUUCAGCUACGUCUUCACCUACGAGGGCUCCAACUCCGCGCUGCGCGGCUUCAUGGACGCCAUAGCACUCGUCAUGGAAUCCGGCUUUGCGAUUGCCGGCUUCGUCGCCUGCAUCCUGAACUUGAUGCUGGCCGAGGAGGUCGAGGACGAGGAGACGACGGACUAUACGGGUAGUCCGCUGGACGAGGAGCGCGAUCAGGAGGAGUGGGAGCGGAUUCAGCGGAAGAAGGGCGAUGUGGAGGCGCCGCCAGGUGCGCAGGGAAGCGGCGCAGCCCGGUCGACCAAGGAGUUGUAAUUCGAUCUGUGGGUGCUGGUGGUGGUGGUGGUGUUGGAGG